AUGGACUUCUACCUGCGGCUCCUCGUCCUGGGCUGCCUGCACCGGGCAGCUUCGGGGGAGUUCGACGGAGGGUGGCCCAGGCAAAUAUUUCCCACAACUGGACUGUGCCGUUUCGGAAGCCGCGUCGACUGCUGCUGGGGCUGGGUCCGCCAUUCGUGGGGCCAAUGCCAACCUUUCUACGUCUUAAGGCACAGAAUAGCCAGGAUAAGGUGCCAACCCAAAGCUGUAUGCCAGCCUGGAUGUAAACAUGGGGAAUGUGUUGGACCAAACAAAUGUAAGUGUCAACCAGGAUACACUGGAAAGACAUGCAACCAAGAUCUCAAUGAAUGUGGACUGAAACCAAGACCAUGCAAACACCGGUGCAUGAACACCUACGGCAGCUACAAGUGUUAUUGUCUGAAUGGGUACAUGCUUAUGCCAGAUGGAUCAUGUUCUAAUGCCCUCACAUGUUCCAUGGCAAACUGCCAAUAUGGCUGUGAUGUCGUGAAAGGGGAAGUACGCUGCCGCUGUCCCUCACCAGGUUUACAGUUAGCGCCUGAUGGUAGAACUUGUAUUGAUGUUGAUGAAUGUGCCACUGGAAGAGUGACCUGUCCUCGAUUUAGGAAGUGUGUUAACACGUUUGGAAGCUACAUUUGCAAGUGUCACAAAGGCUUCGAUUUGAUGUACAUUGGAGGCAAAUACCAGUGCCAUGAUAUUGAUGAAUGCUCACUUGGCCAGUAUCAAUGUGGAGGAUUUUCCCGAUGUUACAACACGCAAGGAUCCUAUAAAUGUAAAUGUAAGGAAGGAUACAGAGGUGACGGAGUGAACUGCAUGACUAUUCCCAAAGUUAUGAUUGAUCCAUCAGGCCCAUAUACUGUAUUUAAGGGCAACACUACCUUUCCUAAGGGCAGCAGUGGGAUGACCAAUAGGAUACCUGAAACUGGAGGUUCAAAGCAACCCGUUAAAACACCACCUGUCCCAGCUACAGCAAGACCUGCACCCAGGACAACAGUAAAGCCUACCCCACGUCCAAUCACCAGGCCAACGCAAAAACCUUUUACCAGAUUUGUAACAAAGCCUGCAACAACAAAACCAGCAUGGAAGCCAGUGACAAGACUUCCACCGGUGACGAGACCUCUGCCAGUUACAAGACCUCCAACACCGCCCCCAACACCACCCAAGUUCAUCACAACACAAACACCAAGACUUACAACUGAAGAGCCCCAACAUGUUCCUGUUACAGCAACACUUCCUCAGGGAUUUACGGUUGACAACAGGAUACCAAUAGAUCCUCAGAAACCACGAGGGGAUGUAUUCAUUCCGCGUCAGCCUGGAGUGAGCAAUAAUCUUUUUGAAAUGUUUGAAAUUGAAAGAGGGAUUAGUGCUGACGAGGAUGAGGCCAACGAUGAUCCAGGUGUUUUUGUUCACAGCUGUAACUUUGAUAGUGGCCUUUGUGGAUGGAUGAAGGAGAAAGAUGAUGAUUUGCAUUGGGAGCCUGUUAAAGAUGCCUCAGGUGGACAGUAUUUAUCUAUCUCAGAGCCCAAAGGCAAAGUGGGACGAAUGGCACGCUUGAUCCUUCCUCUUGGCCAUUUAGCUCGUUCAGGAAAUCUGUGCCUGUCCUUCAGGCAUAAAGUGUCUGGGCUGCAUUCUGGAUUGCUCCAAGUCUUUGUGAGAAAGACCGGUGCUCAUGGAACAGCAAUUUGGGGAAGGAACAGCGGUCACGGCUGGAGACAAACACAGAUUACCUUGCAAGGAUCUGGCAUCAAAAGUGUCAUUUUUAAAGGUGAGAAAGGAAAAGGAAGAACAGGUGAGAUCGGAUUGGACGAUGUGAGCUUGAGGAGAGGCCAUUGUUCCCAAGACCACUAGUGGUACAGACAGACUGGCAGAGGACAUUGCUUGUAUUUUCCCAUGUCUCCUAGAUGGGAGAGCCAGUGGACUAAUGACUACUUCUCUCAUUUGUGUGCUUUGUGAGAUCCAUUGAACCUCCAUUUGAGUAAUGCAAUUUUUUUUGAAAUGGCAAAGUAAUAUUGGGUAUUUCCAUCAGAGGUUUUCCUGUUCACAUUGUACAUGUGAAAAGGAUAUCCAUGUCCUUCAGGAAGAAGAAGGCGUCAUCAAAAG